GAUCAAUUCUGUCAAUAUUUCUUCCUUACAAUGAGAAGAAAACAAGGGAAUUCUAUAGCGACUUGUUCAUGGAUUUAAGUUAGCUUACAAGAAAGUGAAGGAGAUGUCCACAAUAUGAAAAUGUCUCAUAUAUCAGGUCGGAGAAUCCUUGUGUCUGUAUUUAUUGUAUUUGUCACAACACAAACUACAGAGGGGCAAACAGAAGAAUGCAGUCCGGGGAGUUACAUGUCUGACGGAACAUGCCUUGACUGUGGUAGUAACUGCCACAGGAGAGUUUGUGAAGCUCCAAAUGGAUCCUGUACUUAUGGUUGCAAAUCUGGCUUCUAUGGUGAAAGAUGCGAAAACAAUUGUACAAACUGCGACAAACCAAACCUCUGUGAUAGAAUAUCCGGGGUAUGCUUGUAUGGUUGCAUUCCAGGGUACUAUGGCGGGAUUUGUAAUUUACAUUGUAAUAAUUGUAUGAAUAAUACAUGUGAACAGGAAUCCGGAAACUGCUUUGAUGGUUGUAUUCCAGGAUUCUUUGAGGUUAAAUGUGACAAAAACUGCAGCGAAAAUUGUAGGUACCAAACCUGUGAACAAACUUCCGGUGCAUGUAAUGAUGGCGGAUGUAUUGAUGGCUUUUAUGGUGCAAACUGCUCCGAGCAGUGUAAUCCAAAAUGUAAAGAUCUUAAAUGUUUUCAAGAUGGAGGCGAUUGUGUAGAAGGGUGUGAGAUGAGGUGGACAGGUCGAGAUUGCAAUGACUGUGCCGAUGGAUGGUAUGGAACAAACUGUGAGAUGAACUGCAAUACAAACUGUAAUGCCGGAUGUAGGCGGGACACAGGCGAGUGCACCAAUGGCUGUAGUGUACCGGGAGUGCAACCGCCUUGGUGUGUCGAAGCGUGUCCACUUGGUUUAUUUGGCAUUAACUGUAGAAGCAAUUGUAGCAUUCACUGUUUGGAAGAAUUCCGAUGUGUUCCGGUGAAUGGGACUUGCUGGGGUGGUUGCAGAGAAGGAUACAAAGGUCAUGAUUGUCAAACAGUUUCAGUAGAUGGUACAAAUGAAGAUUAUGGAAACAAAGAAGUAAUUGCUGGGGCUGUUAUAGGCUCCAUACUGGGUUUCCUGUUAAUUAUAUUGCUGAUCUGUCUCCUAGUGAGAAGAAAAAGAAAGCAGCGUGAUGAGAAAAUCAAGGACAGGAAAUUCGAUGGAGAAAAUCAGAAAGAAAAUGGCAUCGAUGCGAAACCAGUGCAUCUGAAUGAUGUAGACAAGGGCAGAGUGGAUGAAAACACCAAUGAAGAAGACACAAAAGAAAUGGCGCAAAAUAGUGACAACAAUAAGAAAGAACAAACUGAUAAUCAAUAGGGACUCGUGUUCAAUUGUAAAGUAUCAUAAUGGGAAAAUCAACUUGAAGAUAGACUUGGGAUGGGUGUUCUUUGUCCCACUCUGUUUUCUCACCCCUCCUUAUUACUCAUUCUCUUAUCAAUUUUCCUCCCCUCCCAACUCUUUAUCAACCAUCCUGUCCCCUCUUAUCACCUAACUUCUUACCCUUUCCCUCUCAAUCGAAGAAAAGAAAGAAGGUAAGAAGAAGCAAGACCUACUAAUUACAGGAAAUACAGGUUCGGCAAACCAUUUCUUUCUUUUUCAAGACUAUGUUUAAAGUAUCUAAUUCUUCUCAGCCCUUGAAGCUAUGUUACAAAUAAUACUGUAGGUUAAGGAUGACAAUGUACAGAGAAAAUUCUGAAAAACAAAAGUCACACCCUAAUACAUGUACAUAAUUUGCUCAAAUAAACAUGUAUUUACUUUUUUUCUUUCUUCAAAAUCAGACCCUUGCUCAAGUAAUCUUUGGUUUACAAAAUUUUAUUUUCACAUUAGACAGGAAACAUUUUUAUAAUCAAACACAAAGGUAAACUAGCUAAUUUUAUUUUCAUAGAAA